GUUUGUGUGUUGUACUAUCGAAGGACUUUACGUGCUGCAGAGAGAUCGGCUACUGUCCCCAGUUUGACGCUCUGUUUAUUGACCUCCUGACAGCCAGGGACACUGGACUUACACUUCGCCCUCCGUGGGCAUUCCUCGGAAAGACGGAAAACGUGGUGCAGUGGGCAUUAGAAAAGCUGGAAUUGUCAAAGUAUGCAGACAAGCCUGCUGGGACUUACAGUGGAGGAAACAAACGCAAGCUUUCCACUGCCAUCGCUCUGAUUGGAUAUCCCUCACUCAUCUUCCUUGAUGAACCCACCACUGGCAUGGACCCAAAGGCCCGCAGAUUUCUCUGGAACUUAAUCCUGGACGUUAUAAAGACUGGACGCUCAGUAGUUCUGACAUCACACAGCAUGGAAGAGUGUGAGGCUUUGUGCACCAGAUUGGGCAUUAUGGUCAACGGCAGAUUUAAAUGCCUGGGCAGCAUCCAACAUCUCAAGAACAGGUUCGGGGAUGGUUACAUGAUCACAGUGAGGACCAAGAGCAGCUCAAAUCUGAAAGAGGUGGUUAGAUUCUUCAAUAGAAACUUCCCUGAGGCAAUACUUAAGGAGCGUCACCACACUAAGGUCCAGUACCAGUUGAAGUCUGAGCGGAUCUCACUGGCUCAGGUCUUCAGUAAGAUGGAGCAGGUGGUGGAGGUGCUGGGCAUCGAGGACUACUCUGUCAGUCAGACCACUCUGGACAAUGUAUUUGUCAACUUUGCCAAGAAGCAGAGUGACAGUCUGGAGCAGCAGGAGACGACAAAUUCAGGUGGUGGACAGUACCCCCUGCAGCGCAUCCUCAACCUGCUAAAGUCUCGGUCGGCCAACACAGAGCUCAACGCUCUGAUCAGCGAGGCACCGGAGGAACUGGAGAGCGACGAUGAUGAGGGACUUAUCAGCUUUGAAGAAGAAAGGGUGCAGCUCUCCUUCAACACAGACACUCUCUGUUAAAAUGAACCCCUUUAAAAGAGCAGAGAUGAGGAGGGUGACAGAGUGGAUAAACCAAAACCUGUCUCUCUGAGGCCUGGAGGGAGAAGAGAGCAGCUGAUUUAACUAUGAAGAGGACCAAAACACCAUACACCAUGGAACAUAGGACCAGUAGUUCAGUAUUUCAGCAUCAAUUGAUAACAUGCAGAGUCCAGCCUGUAGGUAGAGACACAGCAGGAGUGCUUGAAUUUGGAUUGAAGACUUUGUCCUGGAAUGUUUUCAUAUUCAGUUUUGUCAGGAAUUUAUCUUAGUAAAUGGAUGAUGGAUACAUUAGGUUAACUACUUUUGUUAGUACAUGAACAUAUCAUUGGUGAUAUGUUAUAAACCGAGUGUUUGACAGCACAGGUUACUUUGGGUUGGUUGUACAUACUCCCAACCAAAAGGCCUCAUGACACCAGAGUGGGCCCUUGUCACUGUACCAAAUUAGACCUGCCUUGAGAGCAUGCUGUGAUGAAGUCUAUUUUUCUGUGGCAAGAAAAUAACUUAUUUGGAUAUCAAAGCAGAUGUGUGUCAUUUAUUUUGCAAUAACAGAGGAUUUAGUGAAAUGCACCUUGGGAAGAGCCAGAUGUGGACAUGCAUGUUAGCUGUUGGCCUUUUCUUUUAAUUUGAUGUCAGAGACAUGGAGAGAAUGUACAAGGCAUGGUUAUUGUCUUGAUGGUGUCUCCACUCUAGCAACUUGUUUUGACACUGUACAUUUGGUCUAUUUCUACUAAAUGCUUUCUUUUGUUCUUUUAAUAUGUUAUUAUGUUGUGGACUCUGCCAAGAAGAUCCUCUACCGGACACAGUGUACAAUAAUAAUAAUAAUAAUAAUAAUAAUAAUAAUAAUAAUAAUAAUAAUAAUAUAACAGUCUGAAACUGCAGUAAACUCUGCUUAUAUUCCCUGACAAUAACUGCACUACCAUCACUGUGAAGAGAACUCUCAGAUCAGAAUAAUCUAUUGAGUAAAAUACAUGUUUUAUUUGCAGAUGUAUUUGUAAUGUGAUAGUUGAGUUGUAACCUGUCCUAUCAAAAAUAACUGUUUCAUUACUUCUUUCACAGCUAAUUGCUAUAUUGUUAUAUUUUUGGUGACUGGUGGGCUGUUUACUGAUACUGUUAAUUGAAGGGGUUAUAAUUAAACAAGGAAAACUGACUUGUAA